AUGAACUACGACUGGCUUGAUCCCGGCAUGGGGUUCCCGUCUCGGCAAGGACCCAGAAGUAACGACUUCUGCCCUCAACCGGUAACUGAGUUCCUACCGAAGACAUCGGCAACGCAAGCACCGCACGCAAAGCAUAAUUCCGAAAUAACGCAACACACCGACGUUCUGGCCCAACGCUCGGAUGCACUUAAACGCAGCACCCGUGGACUGAUCACCCACAAAAGACGAGAGCACGCACCUCGCACGACACCAGCCAUACGGGCAAGAAAAAACCGCUAUCGUUACACGCAUCGGACUUAA